GGCCACUAAAGAGUUGCUAAAUUACCUUUUCACUUAAGUUUGUCUCAACUCCUGCACCUUGGUCGGAGAGGUUGAUUUGAUUUAGGUAGCCUUUCGCGCUGAAAUUCAUACAGUAUCCAGGCCAUCGAUCCACAAUGGCCCAUAUUUUGUCAAGUGGCCGAUGGCUGCUGUAGGAGUGACUAUGCAAAUCAAGCGUGUGAAAAGACAUUUGCGUUUAAUUGAGGGCUGUAAACUUGAUUGGGCGGCAUUGUUCGUUCAAACUGGAGGUGGCAAAGUAUCCGCUACAUUUGUUUCAACCAUGUGCGCUUUGAUGUAAGAUGAGACAGUGAUAGUUAUGUUGGAUAAGAAUUUAAACUUUUGCUGAAAUUCCACCAGAUAGUGAACGCAGUAGCGGAGAUAAGAUGAUGCAGGCCCCUGAUGAUUUCCAAGAAAAGCACAAUGAGACAAUCAUUAGUUGUAUGUUGGUUGGGGAUGGUGCUGUGGGGAAAACCAGCAUGAUUAUAAGUUACAUCUCAAAUGGAUACCCAAACGAAUACCGUCAGACGGCCUUUGACGUCUUCACCGGAUUGGUUAGAGUAGAUGGGAUUCCAGUACAAAUCCAGUUGAUGGACACUGCAGGACAGGAGGAGUUUGAUCAUUUUCGCUCCAUGUUUUACAAUCAAAUAGAUGUCUUCAUCAUUUGCUUCAGUGUUGUCAACCCAGUGUCUUUCCACAACAUCACUUCAAAAUGGAUCCCACAGAUCCGCACCUUCAAUUCUGCUUCACCCAUAAUUUUAGUGGGGACCCAGUCUGACCUCCGGCAUGAUGUUGGCAUCCUUAUCCAUCUGGACCAGCUGAGGGUCAAGCCAGUGGUGAACUCCCAGGCCAGGCGUCUGGCAGAGAAGAUCAGAGCCCACGACUAUGUGGAGUGUUCCGCAUUGACCCAGAAGAACCUAAAAGAAGCAUUUGACUCUGCUAUCUUUGUUGCCGUCAAGCACAAGGCCUGUGAGAAAGCAAAGAAGCUCAAACUAUUUGGUCGUGCAAAUACUUUUUCUAGUGGGGGGUGGAAGAAGUUCUUCUGCUUCAUGUGAUCCAAUGGCAUCUCUACCUCAAUACAGGACACAAAACCCUCUGGUGUUGAAUACUAGGGGGUGGCAGUAGCCACUGGCUGGAUUACUAAGAGUUAGUUAUUCUGGACAAAAGUUGUCAUAUGUUGUGCUUAUUGAAGCUCAAAAGCCAAAAGUUCCCCCAGCAACCUGUGAUAGCCUUCCACCAUUGUAUGCACUGUGGAAAGUCUUUCUUAUUCACAGGAUUCAGACAGUAUUGUAUUGCAGUUGGUGUCACGGCCUAUUUGCGACCUGACUAUCACUUUUCGAGCGCAUAUACUGCAUAGUCAAGUAUUUUGUUUGUAGGCUUUAUAAAAUGUGAAUGUCUUCUAGCCAUAUAUGCUUCUUGUGGAAGCCACGUUUCAAACAAUGUUUGCUUUGUCGUUUUAUGUCACGUUUACUUGUCUCGUUACACAUUUCACUUUAAGUGUUCAUUUUUUUGGGUUUAUUUUAAGAAAUUAGGAGUUUGUAAAUGUGAAAAUAUAAAAUCAAGAAUGGGUUGGCAGGUAGCCUAGUGGUUAGAGCGUUGGGCCAGUAACCGAAAGGUUGCUGGAUCGAAUCCCCGAGCUGACAAGGUAAAAAAUCUGUCGUUCUGCCCCUGAACAAGGCCGUUAACCCAAUGUUCCCCGGGAGGCCGCCAUUGUAAAUAAGAAUUUAUUCUUAACUGACUUGCCUAGUUAAAUGAAGGUUCAAUUUAAAAAUAUAAAGAUAAUGUAGAUCAGCCCUCAUUAGAGUAGUUGUAGAAAAUUAUAUUCACUAAGAUAAUAAAGAUAAUGUAGAUCAGUAGUGAAGGUCCAAGGACCUUAUUUUCAUUUACUGUUAACAUGUGGUAUGGUAAGGUAUAUUGAUCACUGAGGGAGCCCAACAGUCUGAGGUAAAUCCUCAGAAAACAGAGGGAAAGACAGAGUUGAGAAUAUUCUCACCACAGGGUUUUGUUACCCAGCUCACCAACAAGGGACUACGGUCACCUGCUGUCACAUUGAGGAUCCAAUUUACAAGACAAAGCCUCCCCGUUAAAGCUGUUCCCUUUGCCUUUGUAAUACAGCAAAUUGGUUUAAGCCUUGGAAAGAGGAAAGUCAUAAUAUAUAUACAAUCGAUUGCUGAGUACUACAUCGACGUGCAUAGUUGUUGAGUAUUAGAAACCUUGUGCGUAUUCAUUACGGAAACUUUAAGAACCAAACGGAAACAUGGAGGGAACUACCUGAAUUUGUCCAAUAGAAACUUUUACGUUUGGAGUAAACAUCUGUUGCAAAACAUUUUGCAACGGAGUCGGCGUAAUGAUUACAGCACUGGAAAAAAAGUCCAAGGUGAUUUGCUUAAGACAGAACAUAUUUUUUUAUUUGUAUGAUAAGUGGUAAAAUGAAUGUGCUUUAAAGGAGUCAACAAUUGAACUACUGAGUGAUUAUACUAUAUAGCCUGCACACAAGGCCUAAUGUGUCUACUGGAUAAAGUUGUGUGUCAUGUAAGGGUGGCUGUGUUCCUGGGGAUCGGCAGUGUCCGGUGCGAGAGAGGCAGGUUAGUGUUCGGUGUGAGAGGGGCAGGUUGCAGUGGUCAGAGUAGUGCAGAAGGUGUCCUAUGCUGAGGCAGUGAAUACAUUUGAGGAGGGGUCAAGGGUGAGGGAUCCUGAGAGGAUCAAAGUGAGUAGUAGAUUUGUGCCAGCACAGAGGGGGAUAGCCCACUGAGUGAUAGUGCAUAUUCUUCAUUAGGUUUGAUUUCUUAGCAUUUUAUAGCAAUGGUUAUCAACUGUACCGCAGAAAUGGAACAUAAAUAACAUGGAUGUUGUGGAGGUAGCUGUAGAGAAGAUUUUGGGUUUAUGUGAUUUGACUUCAGGGUGUGUUGAGUAGGGGUGUCUCCUGUCCUCCCAGGCCGUUUGCUUGGGCAGGAGCAGAUAGGAUCAAAGUAGUGGAAUGGAGAAGUGGGUUGUUAAUGAGUAUAGGUGGCAGCUGCAGAUAAGUACCUGGGUGUAAGAGAUUUUACUGCGGAAGUCAUGUUUUGAGAUUUUUAUUUUUGUGAAACAGCGUGUGUGUGGUGCAAAUUUGUAUCCCCCUGCCUUUUAAAAAUGUUUAUAUAACAACUGUAAAGUGAUCGAACACACACUACUGCACAGUAGGUGGCGGCAUGCACGAACAAAAUGUGAGAAUGCCAUUAUACCAAAUAAGUAAUGCC